AGGGCCGUGAUUGGCGGCGAGGAGAGGAGAGGCGGCCUGGCUGGGGAUGUGGAGAGCGGGGAUGGCUGCCGGCGAAGGCCUGGGAGCGGCGCUCAGGACGGUCCGGGAGCAAGUGCAGCAGGCGGCGGCCCGGAGGCCUCAGAGCUUGCCUGCCAUCCAGCCCCGCCUGGUUGCUGUCAGCAAAACAAAGCCUGCCGAGAUGGUCAUUGAGGCCUACAAUCAUGGACAGCGCAGUUUUGGAGAAAACUACGUCCAAGAAUUACUGGAAAAAGCAUCAGACUCAAGAAUUCUCUCUUCGUGUCCAGAUAUCAAGUGGCAUUUCAUAGGCCACCUGCAGAAGAACAAUGUCAACAAACUGAUAGGGGUGCCUAACCUAUUCAUGCUGGAAACAGUGGAUUCCCUUAAACUGGCAGACAGAGUGAAUGCUUCUUGGCAGAAGAAGGGCUGUUUGGAGAAGCUAAAAAUCAUGGUUCAAAUAAACACUAGUGGAGAAGACAGUAAACAUGGCCUCCCUCCUGGAGAAACGGUGACGACGGUGGCACACAUCCUCCAGAAGUGUCCUGGCCUGGAAUUUGUGGGCCUGAUGACCAUUGGCAGCUUUGGGCAUGACCUCAGUAUGGGGCCCAAUCCUGACUUCCAGAUGUUAAUAUCGCUGCGUCAGGAGAUGUGCGACAAACUCAACAUCCCCAUUGAAAAAGUUGAGCUCAGCAUGGGGAUGUCUACAGACUUCCAGCACGCAAUUGAAGUCGGAUCCACCAAUGUUCGGAUUGGGAGCACCAUCUUCGGAGAACGCGAUUAUUCCAACAAACCUUCCAGCGACAAAGCCCCAAGAGAGAUUAAAGACAAACGGGAGAAUUUGGCGGUGCAAGAGCAUUAGCUGAGGAGGCCCAAGGGAUUUCCACAGCUGAGGGAAUCCGGUCUGGUGGACCUUACUAUGCACUUGACUUUCCCUUUGCGCUGACAGCUGUGGGGCACUAUCAGGUAACCAGAGAGUGUCGCAGGCACUCCGUCACCUGUAACUUUAUUCCUGUGUCCAUAGAGAUUGGAUUUUUUUUCUUAAACAAACCAGCAAAUCAACACCUGUGAUUGACAAGUGACUUUUGGUACCUUAGCUACCAUGACUUUAGAUAGCUAUACCAGAUAACCAGCUGACUUAAGCCCUACUAGGUUUGGACAGGAAACAUUUUCAGCCAUAACCAUUGCACAUUGAUUACUAACAGGAGAAAUGUUUAGUUUUUUUAUUGUUUUCUUCCACUUAGGCUAACCAUCCCUCUUUGCAGGGAUACCGUAAGAUCAUAUCAUAUUUUUGUUUCCUUUCCCUGCUUUACAAACCCGACUCACCCACCUCCCAAGCAAAUCGAUGGUUGGAAGUGUCUGGCUCUGCCGCUGACGUGUUGUGUAAUCUUGGCCAAGUCACUUACUUAACCAUGCUGUGCCUGCAUCCCCUCUCUGAGAAAUGGGAUUGACCUACCUCACGUGGCGAACCCAAAGGUUUGCCAUGCAUGGAAAGUUCUUUGAAAUGCCUCCUUGUUACCAUCAGAGGAAAUGCAGUAACGAUGGAGAAGGCCAGGCGUCAUCUGAUGCACACAACUGGGCAUGUGUGAGAGAAAUAGGGCACCGGGAGAGGCAGGUCUGCACAUGGCAUGUACUCAAAAGUAUUGUCGCCCCAUGUUACAAACCACCCCUUAAGUUGGAAAACAAAAACAUCACCACCAUCUUAAAUGCAGGGUCCCACGUGGCAAAACCUAACCAGGAGCUGUGUCCCAUCUGUACAUAUUGCUCUGUCACCUUUGAAAGAGAUCCUGUUAAACCAGCCAUGACUCUGCCUUUCUGAAUAUCUCAUCCUCCUUCUGCAGCACCCCCCUCUCAGUGACAAUGUUUACAGUGGAGUCUGUUUUGUAUCUUAAUAUGUUGACAAUCUACUUCUACUGCUGCUAUAAAUGACUUUAGGUCCCAUAGAAAUAGGCCUCCUCCCUUAGGCCCGCCUUCUCGCUUUUCCCCAGCGCAGAAAAAGCUUCCAGCAUUGCGUGAUUUUAGGUUCAUCUAGGUAGCUCACUAAGGGAGAAACCAUCCAUCAGUGGUGUAGAAUAGUAUCAUAUAUCCCAGGGUACUAGACAACUUUUUAGGCCUGGAAAAUCAUAAGAAAAGUUGGGGGUAAUCUAGUAUGCCAGAUUUUUUUUUUUUGUCGUGUCAGGAGUAACUUGAGAAACUGCAAGUUGCUUCUGGUGUGAGAGAAAUGGCUGUCUGCAAGGACGUUGCCCAGGGGACGCCCGGAUGAUUUUGAUGUUUUUAUCAUCCUUGUGGGAGGUUUCUCUCAUGUCCCCGCAUGAGGAGCUGGAGCUGAUAGGGGGAGCUCAUCUGUCUCUCCCCGGAUUCGAACCUGCGACCUGUCGGUCUUCAGUCCUGCCGGCACAAGGGUUCAACCCACUGCGCCACCGGGGGCUUCAGUGCCAGGUAUAAAAUUAUGCCAGGUAUAAAAUUAACAUAAUAAUAAUGAAAAGAGAAGAAUAAAAUCCAACUACCUUAGGAAGGAGGGAGGAGGACUGGCAGGCCGUAUUGCCAGGGGGGGUGAUCGUCCAUUCAGCUGUCCCCGCGGUCCCUGCCACUCACCUCUUCUGAAGGUCACUAGGCUCACCUUAGGUCCAAGGAAGCACCUCCAUAGUUUCCUGACUCCUUCGUUGGGUUCAGCGAGCCAUGCCCGUGCCUCAAAGCACUGGCAAUCCUGGGCUUUAGCCCUCUUGGAUGGAGGGUGCGCGCGUCGGCGGUGCAAGGAAGCCCUUGAGUCCGAAGACAGAAACUACAGCUUCCAGAAUGCCUCAGCAAGCCCAUUCCAGGCACGCUAGGCUCGCCUUAGGCCCAAGGAAGUGCCUCCAUAGUUUCCUGACUCCUUCGUUGGGUUCAGCGAGCCAUGGCCGUGCCUCAAACCACUGGCAAUCCUGGGCUUUAGCCCUCUUGGAUGGACGGUGCACGUAUCGGCGGUGCAAAGAAGCCCCUUGAGUCCGAAGACAGAAACUACGACUCCCAGAAUGCCUCAGCAACCCCAUCCCAGGCACGCUAGGCUCACCUUAGGCCCAAGGAAGCUCCUCCAUAGUUUCCUGACUCCUUCGUUGGGUUCAGCAAGCCAUGGUCGUGCCUCAAAGCACUGGCAAUCCUGGGCUUUAGCCCUCUUGGAUGGAGGGUGCGUGCAUCGGCGGUGCAAGGAAGACCUCGAGUCCGAAGACAGAAACUACAGCUCCCAGAAUGCUUCAGCAACCCCAUCCCAGGCACACAGCCGCCCAGGACUGCAGGCUUCCUUGCGCCUUCGGAUGAUAGUCGCUUGCUAUUCCGCCGGCAUUGACUCUCCCAUGUCAUCCAUCCUGAGUCCCUCCAUGCCGGAGGCAUGUGAGGAAGAGGCAGAGAGCUUGGCGCUGGCCCCACCUCCACCUUUGGGCCGUACCUUCCUCUGCCUUCAGACUCGAGGGCUUCCUCGUGCCGCACACACCCUCCAUUCAAGAAGGGUUCUUAUACCCCGCUACCAUCUCCCGCAGGACUCGGUGCGGCUUACAAGAGGCCAAGCCCAAUAACAUCUUGAAAACAAUAACAGCAAAACAAUAAAUAACUCUUAAAAAGCAAAACAAUACAAUAAUAACACAAUACAUUUUAAAAACAUGAGGCAGGGCCAAAUGUGAAAGUUUUAAAAGUUAAAAGCUGGGAAGUUCAAAGGGGAUAGGAGGAAUGUUUUGGGAAAGGUGGACGUGCAGACAGUUCUAAAUCUCUCAUAAAGUGCAUUAAGGACAUAUUGCUUAAAAUUCCUUAUUCUGGGAAGGCAGAAUAAGCUCCUAAAGACUGCCAGUGUUGGGGCCUGCCUGAUGUCCUUGGGGAGGGAGUUCCAGAGUCGCGGGGCCACCACCAAGAAGGACCUGUCUCUUGUUCCCACCAAUCGCGCUAGUGAAGGUGGGAUUGUGAGCAGGGCCUCACCAGAUGAACGAAGAGAUCGUGUGGGUUCGUAUACAGAAAUGCGGUCACGAAGGUAGAUGGGUCCCAAACCGUUUAGGGCUUUGUAGGUAAGCAUCUACACCUUGAAUUGGGCCGGGAAAAUGAAUGGCAGCCAAUGGAGCUCCUUAAACAGGAGGGUUGACCUCUCCCUGUAAGGAGCACCAGUUAACAGCCUGGCUGCCGCCCGCUGUACCAACUGGAAUUUCCGGGCCGUUUUCAAGGGCAGCCCCAUGUAGAGUGCUAAAGCCCAGGAUCGCCAGUGCAAUAGCGAUGGCGCUCUGGAGCUGCCUGAGAAGGCAGGAAUCCUUGCUGCCUUGGUGCAACCAGCGGCAGCCCCUGCUUCAAGGCACGGCCAUGGCUUGCUGAACCUAUCAAAGAAGUCAGGAAACUACGGAGGAGCUGAAUGCAAAGUCGUCUUAAACGGCGAGUAUAUCCCCAACUCUGUAUUUUGAGAUGAAAUGUUGGGGGGUCGUCUUAUAGCCCCAGUCGCCUUGUAUUCCGGAAUAUACGGUAGUUCUCAGACUUUGAUCUUCUAACAUUUGGUGGGGAUUCAGUGCUCAGAAUCCCCAAACUAUGAAAUUUGCAGAAGUUCAAAAUCCCCAAACAUUUGGAGGGACAAAGGAUGUGAACUAUUGGUGUAGAAAUCAUGCGAGUUCAAUCCCCAUCAUCUCUAGCAAAAAAAGCUCAGGUUAUAGAUGUUGGGAGUGAUUUCUGCCAUUUGGAAAGUUAUACUGACCAAUAGUUUGACUUGGCGAAAGGCAGCUUCCUUCAUCCCUAGAUGUGGGGGUCACUUUGUUUUUCACACCCCAUGGAUACAACUGCAGAGAACCAGGCGCGCCAUCCACUUCUCGUGCCCCACUCCGUAGGUGCAGUGCUAAACACCGUCCCAGCUGCUCUCUCCCCUGAGCUCCACAGUGCAGUGUUUUCAUUGUGUGUGAAGAAUAAAACUAGUUGUGGAUCCAAAUACCGUACCAUCUGUGCCAGUUACUAAGCUAUUAAAAGAUGUUAUUUUUUUCCUGA